AUGUCUGUAAGAAAGGAAAUACCAAGGUCCGUACCCGACACAACGUCGCUAGAUCGAAAGCGACCUUGCGAGGAUACAUCCAAAGACGAAGGAGACUGCUUCGACUUCAAGAGACGGCGAGCCAUUCUCGCAAAAUACCCACAGCAUGUCCAGAACCAAGUCACCCAACUAGUGGCUGAAAUUCUUGCCUCGAUAUACUACCACAUCAACUACGUCUGCAUAGUACGCGCCAUCUGUAGAUUCGAAAACAAAGCGGAACACGUCGCAUAUUACCGGCUGCAGUACUCAGAGAGCGCCAACCUACUCGAUCUGCUGAUCGGGCAGAUCAUAGACCCCGAGCGCUACCAGGGGUCCGAUCCAAGAGGAACAGUUCACCGCAUGGGAGAGUUCGUCGUUCUGUUCGGAUGGAAGAUGCUCUCGGUUUGCAUGACCGCUGAGGGCUUUCGGCGUGCGGUGCGAGAGAUCCGACACCGCGAGAUCUGGGGGGAGCUCCUGGACAAGAUCCGCGUGAAUCAAUGGAGCCUUGAAGUGUUUGCGCGGUCCCGCAAUCUCGACUGGCGCGGACAGCUGCUCAAGUACGCGCACUUGGGCAUUCCCCGGCUCGAUGCAGAGUUACGUUCCCAUCGGAAGAUGUGGUCACAGCACCCGCAUCAUGUCGUGCAGUCGAUCGACAAGAAGCUCCGACGACCCUGGUUCAAGGGCGAGAUCCAGAUUCACGUCGACAAACCCGUCUUUGACCCCGACUCAGAGAACUGGAAGGCCAAAGGACAAACGACAGACCCGACGCUGCGCAGACCUGAAGACGGCGACUGCGAUCUCUGCGGGCUGGGUUCCUGCGACUGCGAGAUCGAUUUCUCCGCGGGGAGUCUGGUUGAGCUCGUUGAGCGGCCGCUGACGGGGACGGGCGUUCGGACGCUGACGAGCUUCAGGGAGGGCGAUAUCCUCGGCCAGUUUAUCGGUAUUUAUCGGUGA